CUCCCGCCCCCACCUAGAGGACAGCCGGGAAGGCGUGUGGUGGGGCAAGGGGCCCGAAGCGGCGGUCCUGGCUCUCGCGGCGGUAGCUGUGGCGUUGGCCGAAGCCGCGCGAACCUCAGGGCAAGAUGCUUGGAACUGGCCCUGCCGCGGCUGCUGCCACCGCCACCACGUCUAGCAAUGUGAGUGUUCUGCAGCAGUUUGCCAGUGGCCUGAAGAGCCGGAAUGAGGAGACCAGGGCCAAAGCCGCCAAGGAGCUCCAGCACUAUGUCACCAUGGAGCUUCGUGAGAUGAGUCAGGAGGAGUCUACACGUUUCUAUGAUCAGCUGAACCAUCACAUUUUUGAACUGGUUUCCAGCUCAGAUGCCAAUGAGAGGAAAGGUGGCAUCCUGGCUAUCGCGAGUCUCAUAGGAGUGGAAGGUGGGAAUUCCACCCGAAUUGGCCGAUUUGCCAACUACCUUCGGAACCUCCUUCCCUCCAGUGACCCAGUUGUCAUGGAAAUGGCAUCCAAGGCCAUUGGCCGCCUUGCUAUGGCAGGGGAUACUUUCACCGCUGAGUAUGUGGAGUUUGAAGUGAAGCGAGCUUUGGAAUGGCUGGGUGCUGACCGCAAUGAGGGCCGGAGACAUGCGGCUGUUCUGGUUCUCCGUGAGCUGGCCAUCAGUGUUCCCACCUUCUUCUUCCAGCAAGUGCAGCCCUUCUUUGACAACAUUUUUGUGGCCGUGUGGGACCCCAAGCAGGCCAUCCGUGAGGGAGCUGUAGCUGCCCUUCGCGCCUGUCUGAUUCUUACCACCCAGCGGGAGCCAAAGGAGAUGCAGAAGCCACAGUGGUACAGGCACACAUUUGAAGAAGCAGAGAAAGGGUUUGAUGAGACGCUGGCCAAGGAGAAGGGCAUGAACCGGGAUGAUCGAAUUCAUGGGGCCUUACUGAUCCUCAACGAGCUGGUCCGCAUCAGCAGCAUGGAGGGAGAGCGUCUGAGAGAAGAAAUGGAAGAAAUCACCCAGCAGCAGCUGGUCCACGACAAGUACUGCAGAGACCUCAUGGGCUUUGGGACAAAGCCGCGCCACAUUACCCCCUUCACCAGUUUCCAGGCCGUCCAGCCCCAGCAGUCAAAUGCCUUGGUAGGACUGCUGGGGUAUAGCUCUCACCAAGGCCUCAUGGGAUUCGGAGCUUCCCCCAGCCCUGCUAAGUCCACUCUGGUGGAGAGCCGGUGUUGUAGAGACUUGAUGGAGGAGAAGUUUGAUCAGGUGUGCCAGUGGGUGCUGAAAUGCAGGAGCAGCAAGAACUCGCUGAUCCAAAUGACAAUCCUUAAUUUGUUGCCCCGCUUGGCUGCGUUCCGACCUUCUGCCUUCACAGAUACCCAGUACCUCCAAGAUGCCAUGAACCAUGUCCUGAGCUGUGUCAAGAAGGAGAAGGAACGGACAGCAGCAUUCCAGGCCCUGGGGCUGCUUUCUGUGGCUGUGAGGUCCGAGUUUAAGGUCUACUUACCUCGUGUGCUGGACAUCAUCCGAGCAGCCCUGCCCCCAAAGGACUUUGCCCACAAGAGGCAGAAAACGAUGCAGGUGGAUGCCACAGUGUUCACAUGCAUCAGUAUGCUGGCCCGAGCCAUGGGCCCGGGUAUCCAGCAGGACAUCAAGGAGCUGUUGGAGCCUAUGCUGGCAGUGGGUCUGAGCCCUGCGCUCACUGCCGUGCUCUACGACCUGAGCCGACAGAUUCCACAGCUGAAGAAGGACAUCCAGGAUGGGCUCCUGAAGAUGCUGUCCCUGGUCCUUAUGCACAAACCCCUCCGGCACCCAGGCAUGCCCAAGGGCCUGGCCCAUCAGCUAGCCUCCCCUGGCCUCAACACUCUCCCUGAGGCCAGUGAUGUGGCCAGUAUUACCCUUGCCCUCCGAACCCUUGGCAGCUUUGAAUUUGAAGGCCACUCUCUGACCCAGUUUGUCCGCCACUGUGCGGAUCAUUUCCUGAACAGUGAGCAUAAGGAGAUCCGCAUGGAAGCUGCCCGCACCUGCUCCCGCCUGCUCACGCCCUCCAUCCACCUCAUCAGCGGCCAUGCCCAUGUGGUUAGCCAGACUGCUGUGCAAGUAGUAGCAGAUGUGCUCAGCAAACUACUUGUGGUUGGGAUAACAGAUCCUGACCCCGAUAUCCGCUACUGUGUCUUGGCAUCUCUGGACGAACGCUUUGAUGCCCACCUGGCCCAGGCAGAGAAUUUGCAAGCUCUCUUUGUGGCCCUGAACGACCAGGUCUUUGAGAUCCGAGAACUGGCCAUCUGCACUGUGGGCCGACUCAGUAGCAUGAACCCGGCCUUCGUAAUGCCUUUCCUGCGCAAGAUGCUCAUCCAGAUUUUGACAGAGCUGGAGCACAGUGGCAUUGGGAGAAUCAAGGAGCAGAGUGCCCGCAUGCUGGGGCACCUCGUCUCCAAUGCCCCCCGACUCAUCCGCCCCUAUAUGGAGCCUAUUCUGAAGGCUUUAAUUUUGAAACUGAAGGAUCCAGAUCCUGAUCCAAACCCAGGUGUGAUCAAUAAUGUUCUGGCCACAAUAGGAGAAUUGGCUCAGGUUAGUGGCCUGGAGAUGAGGAAGUGGGUAGAUGAGCUUUUUAUCAUCAUCAUGGACAUGCUCCAGGACUCCUCUCUCUUGGCCAAAAGGCAGGUGGCACUGUGGACCCUGGGGCAGUUGGUGGCCAGCACUGGCUAUGUAGUGGAGCCCUACAGGAAGUACCCUACCCUGCUUGAAGUGCUACUGAAUUUUCUGAAGACUGAACAGAACCAGGGCACGAGGAGAGAGGCUAUCCGUGUGUUAGGGCUCCUUGGGGCUCUGGAUCCCUACAAGCACAAAGUGAACAUUGGCAUGAUUGACCAGUCCCGGGAUGCUUCUGCUGUCAGCCUGUCAGAAUCCAAGUCAAGUCAAGAUUCCUCUGACUACAGCACCAGUGAAAUGCUAGUCAACAUGGGAAACCUGCCCUUGGACGAGUUCUACCCAGCUGUGUCCAUGGUAGCCCUGAUGCGGAUCUUCCGAGAUCAGUCCCUCUCUCACCAUCACACCAUGGUGGUCCAGGCCAUCACCUUCAUCUUCAAAUCCCUGGGGCUCAAGUGUGUACAGUUCCUGCCCCAGGUCAUGCCCACAUUCCUUAAUGUCAUCCGGGUCUGUGAUGGAGCUAUCCGGGAAUUUCUGUUCCAGCAGCUGGGAAUGCUGGUAUCCUUUGUGAAGAGCCACAUCAGACCUUAUAUGGAUGAAAUAGUCACCCUCAUGAGAGAAUUCUGGGUCAUGAACACCUCAAUCCAGAGCACAAUCAUUCUUCUCAUUGAGCAAAUCGUAGUAGCCCUUGGAGGUGAAUUUAAGCUCUACCUGCCCCAGCUGAUCCCACACAUGCUGCGUGUCUUCAUGCAUGACAACAGCCAAGGCCGCAUUGUCUCCAUCAAGCUCUUAGCCGCAGUCCAGCUGUUUGGUGCCAACCUAGAUGACUAUCUGCAUCUGUUGUUGCCUCCCAUCGUGAAGCUGUUUGAUGCCCCUGAAGCCCCACUGCCAUUGCGAAGGGCAGCGUUGGAGACGGUGGACCGUCUGACAGAGUCCCUCGAUUUCACUGACUAUGCCUCCCGGAUCAUUCACCCCAUUGUUCGAACACUGGACCAGAGCCCAGAGCUUCGUUCCACAGCCAUGGACACGCUGUCUUCACUUGUCUUUCAACUCGGGAAGAAGUACCAGAUUUUCAUACCAAUGGUGAAUAAAGUACUGGUGCGACACCGAAUCAACCACCAGCGCUAUGAUGUGCUUAUUUGCAGAAUCGUCAAGGGAUACACCCUUGCUGAUGAGGAAGAGGACCCUUUGAUCUACCAGCAUCGAAUGCAAAGGAGUGGCCAAGGAGAUGCGUUGGCCAGUGGACCAGUUGAGACAGGACCCAUGAAGAAACUGCAUGUCAGCACCAUCAACCUUCAAAAGGCCUGGGGAGCUGCCAGAAGGGUCUCCAAAGAUGACUGGCUGGAAUGGCUGAGACGGUUGAGCUUGGAGCUGCUGAAGGACUCCUCGUCACCUUCCCUGCGCUCAUGCUGGGCCCUGGCACAGGCCUACAACCCUAUGGCCAGGGAUCUCUUCAACGCUGCAUUUGUGUCCUGCUGGUCUGAGCUAAAUGAAGACCAGCAGGAUGAGCUCAUCAGAAGCAUCGAGUUGGCCCUCACCUCCCAAGACAUCGCUGAAGUCACACAAACCCUCUUAAACUUGGCUGAAUUCAUGGAACACAGUGACAAGGGCCCCCUGCCUCUGAGAGAUGACAAUGGCAUUGUUCUGCUUGGUGAGAGAGCUGCCAAGUGCCGAGCAUAUGCCAAAGCACUACACUACAAAGAGCUGGAGUUCCAGAAAGGUCCCACACCUGCCAUACUCGAGUCCCUCAUCAGCAUUAACAAUAAGCUACAGCAGCCAGAAGCAGCUGCCGGGGUGUUAGAAUAUGCCAUGAAACACUUUGGAGAGCUGGAGAUCCAGGCCACCUGGUAUGAGAAACUGCAUGAGUGGGAGGACGCUCUUGUGGCCUAUGACAAGAAGAUGGACACCAAUAAGGAUGACCCAGAGCUGAUGCUGGGCCGCAUGCGCUGUCUGGAGGCCUUGGGGGAAUGGGGACAGCUUCACCAACAGUGCUGUGAAAAGUGGACUCUGGUUAAUGAUGAGACCCAAGCUAAGAUGGCCCGGAUGGCUGCUGCAGCAGCGUGGGGCUUAGGUCAGUGGGACAGCAUGGAGGAGUACACCUGUAUGAUUCCCCGGGACACCCAUGAUGGAGCUUUUUACAGAGCCGUGCUGGCGCUGCAUCAGGACCUCUUCUCCUUGGCCCAACAGUGCAUUGACAAGGCCAGAGACCUGCUAGAUGCUGAGCUAACUGCCAUGGCAGGAGAGAGCUACAGUCGGGCCUAUGGGGCCAUGGUUUCUUGCCACAUGCUGUCUGAGCUGGAGGAGGUUAUCCAGUACAAACUUGUCCCUGAGCGACGAGAGAUCAUCCGCCAGAUCUGGUGGGAGAGAUUGCAGGGCUGCCAGCGUAUUGUGGAAGACUGGCAAAAAAUCCUCAUGGUGCGGUCCCUUGUGGUGAGCCCUCAUGAGGACAUGAGAACCUGGCUGAAGUACGCAAGUCUCUGUGGCAAGAGCGGCAGACUGGCUCUUGCUCAUAAAACCUUAGUGUUGCUCCUGGGAGUUGAUCCGUCUCGGCAGCUUGACCAUCCUCUGCCAACAGUUCACCCUCAGGUGACCUAUGCCUACAUGAAAAACAUGUGGAAAAGUGCUCGAAAGAUCGAUGCCUUCCAGCACAUGCAGCACUUUGUUCAGACCAUGCUGCCACAGGCUCAGCAUGACAUCGCCUCUGAGGACCAGCAGCACAAGCAGGAGCUGCACAAACUCAUGGCCAGGUGUUUCCUGAAGCUUGGGGAGUGGCAGCUGAACCUCCAGGGCAUCAACGAGAGCACCAUCCCCAAAGUGUGGCAGUACUACAGCGCAGCCACAGAGCACGACCACAGCUGGUACAAGGCCUGGCAUGCAUGGGCAGUGAUGAACUUUGAAGCUGUGCUACACUACAAACAUCAGAACCAAGCCCGAGAUGAGAAGAAGAAACUGCGUCACUCCAGCGGGGCAAACAUCACCAGUACCACCACGACAGCCACCACAGCUGCCGCUGCUGCUGCUGCCACCAGCACAGAGGGCAGCAACAGCGAGAGUGAGACUGAGAGCACAGAGAACAGCCCCAGCCCAUCCCCUCGGCAAAAGAGGGUCACUGAGGAUUUGUCCAAAACUCUCUUAAUGUACACUAUCCCUGCUGUGGAGGGCUUCUUCCGUUCUAUCUCCUUGUCAAGAGGCAACAACCUCCAGGAUACACUCAGAGUCCUCACCCUGUGGUUUGAUUAUGGUCAUUGGCCAGAUGUCAAUGAAGCCUUAGUUGAAGGGGUGAAGGCCAUCCAGAUUGAUACUUGGUUACAGGUUAUACCUCAGCUCAUUGCAAGAAUUGAUACCCCUAGACCCUUGGUGGGCCGACUUAUUCACCAGCUUCUCACAGACAUUGGUCGGUACCACCCCCAGGCCCUCAUCUACCCCCUGACAGUGGCUUCCAAGUCUACUACGACAGCCCGUCACAACGCAGCCAACAAGAUCCUGAAGAACAUGUGUGAGCACAGCAACACUUUGGUCCAGCAAGCCAUGAUGGUGAGUGAAGAACUGAUCCGAGUGGCCAUCCUCUGGCAUGAGAUGUGGCAUGAAGGCCUGGAAGAGGCAUCUCGUUUGUACUUCGGGGAGAGAAACGUGAAAGGCAUGUUUGAGGUGCUGGAGCCCCUGCAUGCUAUGAUGGAACGGGGCCCCCAGACUCUGAAGGAAACAUCCUUUAACCAGGCAUAUGGUCGAGAUUUAAUGGAGGCUCAAGAGUGGUGUAGGAAGUACAUGAAAUCAGGGAACGUCAAGGACCUCACGCAAGCCUGGGACCUCUAUUACCAUGUUUUCAGGCGGAUCUCCAAGCAACUGCCCCAGCUCACAUCCCUAGAACUGCAGUAUGUUUCCCCAAAGCUUCUGAUGUGCCGGGACCUUGAGUUGGCCGUACCAGGAACCUAUGACCCCAAUCAGCCCAUCAUCCGCAUUCAGUCCAUAGCCCCAUCUUUGCAAGUCAUCACAUCCAAGCAGAGGCCCCGGAAGUUGACUCUGAUGGGCAGCAAUGGGCACGAGUUUGUUUUUCUCCUGAAAGGCCAUGAAGAUCUCCGGCAGGAUGAGCGAGUGAUGCAGCUCUUUGGCCUAGUGAACACACUCCUGGCCAAUGACCCAACAUCUCUUCGGAAAAACCUCAGCAUCCAGAGGUAUGCAGUCAUCCCUUUGUCCACCAACUCAGGCCUCAUUGGCUGGGUCCCCCACUGUGACACGCUGCAUGCGCUCAUACGGGACUACAGGGAGAAGAAGAAGAUCCUGCUCAACAUUGAGCACCGCAUCAUGCUGCGGAUGGCUCCAGACUAUGACCAUCUGACCCUGAUGCAGAAGGUGGAGGUGUUUGAGCAUGCCGUCAACAACACAGCUGGGGAUGAUCUGGCUAAGCUACUGUGGCUGAAAAGCCCCAGCUCAGAGGUGUGGUUUGACCGAAGGACCAAUUAUACCCGCUCUUUAGCUGUCAUGUCAAUGGUUGGAUACAUUUUAGGCCUGGGGGACAGACACCCAUCCAACCUGAUGCUGGACCGACUGAGCGGAAAGAUCCUGCACAUUGACUUUGGGGACUGCUUUGAGGUUGCUAUGACCAGAGAGAAAUUUCCAGAGAAGAUUCCAUUUAGACUAACAAGAAUGUUGACCAAUGCUAUGGAGGUUACAGGUCUGGAUGGCAACUACAGAAUCACAUGCCACACAGUGAUGGAAGUGCUUCGGGAACACAAGGACAGUGUCAUGGCUGUGCUGGAGGCCUUUGUCUAUGACCCUUUGCUGAACUGGAGACUGAUGGACACAAAUACCAAAGGCAAUAAGAGAUCCAGAACGAGGACGGAUUCCUACUCUGCAGGCCAGUCAGUAGAAAUUUUGGAUGGUGUGGAACUUGGAGAACCGGCUCAUAAGAAAGCAGGAACCACAGUACCAGAAUCCAUUCACUCUUUCAUUGGAGAUGGUUUGGUGAAACCAGAAGCCCUAAAUAAGAAAGCUAUUCAGAUUAUUAACAGGGUUCGAGAUAAGCUCACUGGCCGAGAUUUCUCUCAUGAUGACACCUUGGAUGUUCCCACACAAGUGGAGCUGCUCAUCAAACAAGCAACAUCCCACGAAAACCUCUGCCAGUGCUACAUUGGCUGGUGUCCCUUCUGGUAACUGGAGGCCUGGUGUACCACAGCAUCUCUGACUCUUGUGUUUUGGUCUGUGCUUCCACUAUACUGAAACCAUGGUGAUGAAGUUGGAUGUUGUUAAAUAUUUUGAAAUGUAAAUGAAAAGAACUACUGUAUAUUCAAAGUUGGUUUGAACCAACUUUCUAGCUGCUGUUGAAAAAGAUACUGUCAGAAACACAAGGCUUGAUUCAGUUCCCAGGACAGUGAAACAGUAAUCCUCCAUAAGUCAAGCCAUUGAUUCUGAGGGAACAGAAGAUCCAUAACUUAGAAAUACGGGUUUUGACUUAACUUACAAGAGAGCUCAUCAUAAGCAUUUGCUGACAGAAAAGCCUGGUUGUUCCUCUCAACCUGGGUCCAGCAGACUCAGCACAGUCAGGAAUGCCCAGGUCCUGGAGGACACUGACCAGGUUCUCCCAUAGUAAGGAAGCAGACUUCAGCACUCCACCCAUCCUGUUACCUCACUGGUCCCUGGACAGCAGCGGCAACAUUUGCAGGAUGAGCAAAAGUGAGUGAAAAGAUCUGUCUUCUGUCUGACCCAGGGAUGCUGCAACUCACAAGACCUGACUUGCCAGGAAGGGCGAUUGUUCAGAUGCCUGGCAGCCUUGGCCAAGCAGGUACACCAGGGAUCGCAUACAGUGCACCCGUACUGGCCCUGCUGUGUUCAUUGAAGGCUGAAUACCUGUGCUCAGAGCAGGGGCUCAGAACACAAAUGCUGUCAUGGAGGCGCUGAACACAAAGGGACAUACUAUGAGCAAGGUAAAUAUUCAACUCAGUGCACAAAGUAUAAAGCAUACCAUGUCUAGACACCAUGUUGUAUCUGAAUAACUUUUGUGCCAAUAAAUGACAUCAGAAUUUUAAAAACA